GCACAGCGACCGGCGCUGAAAAUCCGGGUGCUAAGAUGCAGCACUGCGCGUUUCUUAUUAUUGACCGGAAACAAAACGUGGGUUUGAUUCGAUAGCAGGGUUCUUUCAUUUUACAUCUUCGGUUGGAACAGUCACUGGACUUUGCAAGUAGAUAUGGCUGAAUUGGACGAUCAUUUCGAGACGGCGGAUUCCGGCGCAUCGACGACCUAUCCCAUGCAAUGUUCGGCAUUGCGCAAAAACGGAUUCGUCAUGCUGAAGUCGCGGCCAUGCAAGAUUGUCGAGAUGUCUACUUCAAAGACUGGAAAGCACGGACACGCCAAGGUUCACAUGGUUGGCAUUGAUAUUUUCUCCAACAAGAAAUAUGAAGAUAUUUGCCCAUCUACUCAUAACAUGGAUGUGCCCAAUGUCAAAAGGGAGGACCUUCAGUUGAUUGCUAUUAGUGACGAUAGCUUCCUUACUUUGAUGACCGAGGGCGGAGAUUUGCGUGAAGACUUGAAGGUUCCAGACGGCGAAUUGGGUGAUCAAUUGCGUUUAGAUUUUGAGAGUGGCAAGGACUUACUGUGCACCGUUCUCAAGGCGUGCGGAGAGGAGUGCGUUAUCGCAAUUAAAACCAAUACUGCUCUGGACAAAUAGGCAAAAUGUGUCGCUGUAAAUUUCUGUUGCAUUUACAUCUGAAACAAAUUUAUUCAAAGAUGCUGUUAUAGGCUAGUUGGCUCUACAUCUUAAAUCUGGUUCUAACGAUUGUAAUUAAUAUAACAGAAACUCGAAGCAUCCAUGUUUGAAUAACUAAGUAACAAGAUACACGUUUGCCAAUAAAAUUUUUUACCUAAACGUCAUCCGUAAAACUAUGA